GUCAGUAUGGAGCUCAGUCAACUUCCUCUUGUGUUCUUGCUGAUUUCAAAUAUCUACUCUGGACAAACUCAAGAAAGACUGAAACCCAGAGUGAUCAUUAAACCUGAUCAACAUGUGUUCAGAGGAGAAACAGUCACUCUCAGAUGUGACAUAUAUGAUGAAGGAGUCACUAGCUGGAGAUACUUCUGGUAUAAAGAAGGUUUAAACAGUGUUUUCAAGUAUGGACAGGAACACACAUUCAGUUCUGUUACUGAGUCUGACUCAGGUGAAUACUCCUGUAAUAGAUUUAAUGGAUCAAAACCGUCUCCCCGCAGUGAUGAAGUUACUCUGACAGUAUCAGGUCUUCCUAAACUGACUCUGACAAAUGAUCCUCAGAGUCCAGUGUUCACCGGAGACUCAGUUACUCUGAGAUGUGAGGGGAUUCAGUCACAGAAUGGAUGGGAGUUUCUCUGGAGAAAAGACUCAAACCCUGAAUCUACUGAAGAUCAAACUAAAACAAUCAAACCUGAGAAAGUCUCUGAUGGAGGAAAGUACAGCUGCAGAGCACGAAGAGGAGAAUAUUACACAGAUUACAGUAAACCUGUAACAGUAACAGUAUACGAAAGACCAAAACCCAGAGUGAACAUUAAACCUGAUCAACAUGUGUUCAGAGGAGAAACAGUCACUCUCAGAUGUGACAUAUAUGAUGAAGGAGUCACUAGCUGGAGAUACAGCUGGUAUAAAGAUAAUUCAAGAAGAGUUUUCAGUGAUGGACAGGAACACACAUUCAGUUCUGUUACUGAGUCUGACUCAGGUGAAUACUCCUGUGAAGGAUCAGAGAUCAGAGGAUCACGCCGGUCACACACGAGUGAUAAAGUUACUCUGAAAGUAUCAGAUCCCAAAUCAGUUUUAAGUGUUUCUCCACAGAAGUGGUUGACUGAAGGAGAUCCAGUGACUCUGAUCUGUGAGGUUCACAACUUCUCUACAGGCUGGACGUUCAGCUGGUUCACUUUAACUGAAUCACCAGGUGGUUAUCAUCUGCUCUCAGACAGCAGCAGAGGAGCAGGAGGAAGAUACAGGAUCAGUUCUGCUGCUGUAGAUCACACAGGAGUUUAUGUGUGCAGAGCAGAGAGAGAGAAAUCAUCUUAUAAAACACAGUACAGCAACACUCAGCUGCUGUGGGUCACCGGUGUUUCUGCUCCAGUCUCUCUGAGGGUCAGUCCCAGCAGAACUCAACACUUCACAUCUGACUCUCUCUCUCUGAGCUGUGAAGACCAGAGUAACUCUACUGUAUGGAGAGUGAGAACAUACACAGACCUCUGGGGACUGAAAGAUUGUUCAUCAAUACCUCGAGGAUCACACACAGGAUCUACAUGUACAAUCAGUUACGUCUAUACAUCACACACUGGAGUGUACUGGUGUGAGUCUGAAUCUGGAGAGAAACAUCAUCCUGUUAAUAUCACUGUACACUCUGAAGUGAUUCUGGAGAGUCCUGUUCAUCCUGUGACUGAAGGAGAUAGUCUGACUCUACGCUGUUUAUAUCGAUACACAACUCCAUCAAACCUCAGAGCUGAUUUCUAUAAAGAUGGAUCACUCAUCCAGAAUCAAACUACAGAGAUGAUCAUCUCUCCUGUCUCAAAGUCACACGAGGGUUUCUACUCCUGCAAACACCCAGAGAGAGGAGAGUCACCCAAGAGCUGGAUCUCAGUCUCAGGGUUUCAUUCAGAAUCUCAGAUCUCUGUUCUCUGUAUACUCAGUUCUGUACUGGCAGCUUGUCCAUAUCUGCUGGUGACCGUCGUGCUGAUUUUCAAAUGCUGCAGAAUGAGAGAUAAAUCAUGACUGAUUUAUUAUUUAAAGCAUUUUCUUUGCUCACUGGGCUUAUUGUGAAGUGUGAGUGUUCAUUUUGGUAUCUGUGCUUUAGAAAAAGACAUGUUUGUCAAACAACUUUUCACUUUUCAGAAAAGCCAAAAAUAUAGAAAGAAAAAACAACAUAUAAAAUGCAAAUGCUGAGAAGAUUGCUCCUAUAUGUAUUUCUCAGACAGGGUUGGGUAUGAGCACAGCAUUCGAUAACAUCCACGUGCUUUUAAAAGGGUUAAAGAUUUAAAGGUAAUGAGAAAAUUAAUCAUUAAAUUAAAUAAAUAUUCUGAUAUAAUAUCUCAUGCGUUUGUGUAGUGGGAAUUUUUCCCUCUAGUGUAGGUGUCACCAAGCCAGCAGAGGGAGCCCUUACCUCCGGAUGAUCCGUGUUCACUCGCUCUGCUGCUACUUCCUGUUGUGGGACUAUAAAUACUGUAGCAGGCUCCUCACCUGCAGGUUGUAUUGUUUGAUUGUUGGUUGGUUGGUUUCUAGUUUUCCUAGCGAUUCCCUUGUCAUAGAUUCUUUGGUUUUGACCCUGCCUGUCUUUUGAUACUUUGAUUGUUUGCUGCCUGACCCGACCUCUGCCUGUUUUUGGAUUCUGUUGUUUGCUGUGAUUUGACGCCUGCCUCCUUUGACCAUGUCUUUGUUCAAUAAAAGCCAGUGAAUGGAUCCGCACGCCUCAGACCCCUCAUUCAUGACAGACGGGGUUGCAGUAAUAUUAUGGUAUCUUGGAUAACUAGAGAAAUUACAAGACCUAAGUCUUCAACCCCUAGUACAUUUAAUUUCUGUACCUAAAGUAUGUUUUUAUUUAGUAACAACGACUGAGGAUUGAAGGACAGUAAUUUAAUAACGUACACGGUAGCUCUCUGUGUUUUAAUACUAACCCUACUUUUCCUCUAUAGCCCAAAACGUGCAAAAGUGUGUUUAUUUGUACAGUGUUUGGUAGAUGAAAAGAAUAACACAACAUUAACACAAUAAAUAAACCAAAAUAAA